UUUCUUCCUCCUUCUGUUUAUUAAUAAAUGUAAACAGAUAAAACGUUGCCUGAGAGACCAGCGGCAUAUGUUUAAACUCGGUCAGUGAGAGGCCAGACUAGCUGCUGUCCUAUUUUCAUGUUCAGUUGGGUACCAGCUCUUCACUUUGGGUUCACUUCAUGGUUAUUGUCCCGGAAAAUUGUUAUCUGAGUUGAGGUUAACAUAUAAAAUGGAGGAUCAAGAAAUGAACUUUGAGCAAGCUUAUGGAUCUCUAUCAGAGACAGACAAAACAUUCGAGCCCUUAUUUAUUGAGGAGGAAAAUGAAGACUACUUUGAAGACUGCUUGGAAGAGAUUGAGGCUGCUCUAACUCUUCCUGGAGAGUCCAUGCCUUAUUCAAUAAAAUGCAGAGAAGCUUUGCAAGCUGAGUUUAAUGGACUUAUGCAACAGAUGUUGGCACAGUUAGAUGCUUUUGAUGCAGCCCAUCCAACUACUACACCACUGGAGUUAUUAUCAGAAACGGUGAACAAAACGGACAAGAAUGGAUUUAGGAAAACAAUCGAGCGCAUUCCUGAGAAAGAGCAAAAUGUGUUGCAGGUAGAAGAUAAUGCUGUUGGCAUCCCUGUUGAGGCAAAACCUGAGUUCUCUGCUAGCUUGGAAACAGAAAAACUCAGAGAAGCAUUUGAGAGUUGUAUUGAGGAGGUGGGCCAGCUGGAGCGCAGGAGGGAUGAGUUGGUUCAGGAGCUUCUGGAGCUGGAGGAGCCAAUGGCCCAAGAGCUACAGACUGUGAGGGAGGCUUUGGGGGAAGAACGAGGCCUCCUGUCCAAAGUCAGACUGGAAAGACAAAGCCUGCAGGACGAAACUCAAAAGACCAAGAGACGCCUGUUCAUAGCGGCCCGAGAUUGUGCACAGAGACAAGUACAGCUUGAAUUACAACAGAAAGAAGUGGAGCAACUCAACCAAGCUCAGGAAGAGCUGAAGGCCCUUGCUGCUAAGCUGACUGAGGAGAUUGCCAAGAUCCAUUCAGAUCACCAAAGCCACCUGCAAGAACUACAAAAGCAACUGAACACCACUCAGGAAUCCAGCAAGAAGAAAAAUCGCUCUUAUGUAACUCAAGGACGGCGGGCCUCGUGUGACCUCCAGCAGUACCUGCAAGGUGGGAUCAAAGCUCUGGAGGAGUUCUACGAGCCCCGGCUAGUGUCCCUGCUGAAGAGACGUGAGGUCACCAUGGAUGCCCUCAGUAAGGCUAAAGAGCAGUGUCAGAAGCUGAGGGUCCAGUUAGGACCACUGAGAGAAGAAGAGCAAAUGCUGAAACUCCAUAGAACUUGUCUGGAGGAGAGGAUCCAACUAAUGGAGAGACAGAGGAGGGAAAACGUGGAACAAUAUCGAGACACAGUUGAUGCCUUAGAGGAGAACAUCAGAGAACUGAAAACCGAGCUCAAGAUCCAGAUAAAGAAGACAGAAGAAUUGGAUAUGCUGAAGAAUAACAUGGCCAAAGAGUUGUUCUUCUACAGAGAGCAUGUAGAGGGCACCUGCAAGCAAGAGAACAGUACGGUGGUGGAAAAAACCUAAUGAACUAAAGUUUGUUACUAAUUUUCUUAUGUAAAAUGUAUUUCACAUAUUGUUUUCAUAGUUUAAUGGAAACUGCCUCUCUUCUCUUAUUAAUAGUAUAAUAGUCCAUCACCAAAACAGUAACCCCAGUUUACUGAAGACGCACGUGUUUCUUGCAAAAGUCUAAAUUUUUGAAAAAAAACAAACACUAACAGCAUAGCCCAAUUGUGUCAGAUACACAGAUCUUUGUAAGUUACACAGUUUAAAUAACGCUGUUUUUGUUGUGUGUACAAGAGGGAAUAUAGCUCAUAUAUCAGUGGUGCCUGUGAACUAAGUGCUUUCUCUUAUGAGUAAGUUAAGUGGGCAAAACAAAGACUUAUUUGGGCACUGUAGGAGAGCUCUAUAAACAUGCUGACGGCAUGAUGGUGAGACCGUUUAGAUGAAGGCCAAAGAGAAGGUUAAUUAAGUGCUUGGUUGAUUUGAUGUGUCUUGUUAAUAAGAUCUGAAAUAAACAAGAAAGAAUUAGAUGUAUUGUUUAUAUGACCUGUACCUAGUUGUGAACAGAGUGACAGGGAGCACGUUUUUUUAAAGACUGAAUAAGUUGCUAUUUCAAGACUUUUUGGUGACUAAAAUGUAGAGAGCUUGAAUUUGGCAAAAAUAAAAAGGCAUUUGUUGAGGAA